AUGUCAUUCUUCCAUUUACUUUUCCUCCUGUUGGGCGUCCAGAAAUUAGUGGCCCCACCCUCCCUCGGGAGCGACUGGUACCAGUUGGAAAUGGAAAAUUUGAUCAAUGAUUCUCAAUUCACUGAAUCAUCAAACAAGGCUCAGUCUGGUGCUAGUAACAAACAUGCAGAAUUGUGCAUGGGCGGCCCGUCUUUUGCAAGCACAGCAGAAAACUCUCAAGGAAAAGUUGACCAGUUUUUGAUUCCUGAAUUGGACCCAACUGAUGCAUCAAGCAAUGACUCACUAUUAGAAAUUUUGGAUAAUUUUUUCAACAAUCAUGAAAACCUUUCUGCGCUCAGCCAAGGCCCAAAACAGGAGUCAGAAUACCUGCCCCCAUGUAUGCAGAACCCCGAAAGAGAGGAUAAAAUGACUGAACAGUAUCUCAGUUCUGAUAACAGGGAAGUGUUCAACACUGAGACACUUAUCAAGAAUUUUAGAGAUUUACACUUGAGCCUGCAUGAAACACACAGCACCCUUUGGAAACAACUCAAUACAAAUCAUCUUUCCACCAAGGACUCUGACUUCCAGGAAAUCAUGCACUGGCUCUUUGGGGAGGUAUUCAAUCCAAAAACUAAAAUUCCUCUCAUGGGCAGGACACAAGUCAAAAUUUUAGAUGAAGUAAAAUUUAGUCCAGUUCAGUUUGGGGUGAUGAAACUUCUUGAAGAGCCAGAGUCUUUGGAAGAAUUGUCCCUGGAAAUUGUAAGGAUUUGGUUCCAGAUGCAUUCUGAUAAAUGGGAAGAUGGAAACAAUAAUUCUAGCUGUGAUAUUUCAAAUAAUUUGACCAAACAAGAUACUUCUAUAUCUCUAGGUAAAAUGAAAGGAUUAGAAGCUGUGAAAUCUAAAAUGCCCUUUGCUAAUGAUUCCACUCAUAAGAUAAUCAAUUUCACACAUUGUGGAGCAUUCAAAAAGGUUUGGAAGAAACAAUUCAGGAUUUAG